AUGUCUGCCAUUCAGGCUAUCCACAUUCGAGGCUAUGAAGAACGAAUAGAGCCCAAGGCGCACAUCGUCUAUCGCAUCGAGAUACAAGCCUCUGUUCGUUCAUGGCAGAUGUGGAGGCGCUACUCUGAGUUCGUCGAUCUCCACCUGGAGCUCACAAAGUCUGCCGGUUCCCUCCCGCCUGCCGAGCUCCCACCCAAGAACUCGUUCUCGCUUUUCAGAUCCCGCAGCCCAGCACUGCUCGAGGAGCGUCGAGCAGGCCUCGAGCAUUACCUCCGCGCCAUCCUCAGCGCAAGGGACGACCGAUGGCGCGAGAACCUCGCCUUUCGUGAUUUCCUCGGUGUGCCUGUAGGCAAACAGAAUGGAAUGGAGGGCGGUGCAAUAUCUCAAUUCACCUCCUCUUCGUGGCUUGACGAGCACCAGGAUUUGCUGGCGCGGGUGCGGGACAUCCGAGCAGACAUCAAUAAGCGUGACGCUCUUUCCGACCACGGCGACAUCUCCGCAUCGCAUCAGGCGAAUGUGCAGGCGAAGAAGAAGCUGGCUGGUGUUCUUACACGAGUUGGGGUGUUCGAGGACGGGCUGCGGACACUUGGCUUGAGUGGGAUGAGCGAGGGUGAGCUGCAGCGGCGAACGGACAUGGUCGCGCGUUUGCGAGAUGACUGCGAGAAGCUGGCAAAGAUGGUCACUGUCGCCAGGAUGACUUCCCGUGGGCUGGGGUCGUCGGCUGAGCGGAACCCUGCCGCCUCCUCGGAUCGCGCUGCGUUGCUCGAGACAACGUCUAGGACCGGUCAACCCGUCACGAGGGUCUUCGGCGCCGCUGCGAAACCGCAGGAAACGGAGCAAACACGUCCGCUGGACGACCAUGGACUGGUGCAACUCCAAAACACGCAGAUGGUUCAGCAGGAUGAACAGCUGGCGCAACUCUCCACAAUUCUGCAAAGGCAGAAACACUUGGGCGUUGCGAUUGGGCACGAGAUUGCAGAGCAAAAUGAGGAGCUUGAUGGUCUCACAAUGGAUGUUGAUAGAGUGGGUCGGAAACUGGGGACAGCAAAGAAACAAUUAAACAGACUGGGAUAA